CGAUAUUCGAAAUUGGAGUGAUAACUGUGAAUUGUGGUGUGCAACUUGCUCUGGAAAUCGAAAAAUAUUGGAAACAAAGGCCGGACACUAGGUGAAGGUGAGCGAUACUCAACUGUUGUUAACAUUCUCCCUGGUAAACACACUGUCUUUUUGUAAACAAAUGGUUGAUAUAAACCCAAAAAAAGACCCCUGAACGAAAUGGAAGACACUCAAGAUAAUGAGAUAGAUAAAAACUCCGGGGUGGAAGGCUUCCAGUUGCGAGAAAUUAUGCAGGGCAUUUCAAGUAUUCAGAGUACCCUAGCGAGCUUCAUGUUUCGUUAAGAUAGUCAAGGGCGGCAUAUGGACGAAAUAACAAAAGAACUACGGGGAAAACACGGGGUCCAAAACGUCUAGAACAGGUCCAAGAGCAAGCAAACGAUACUAUCUAUUCAAUAACUGAUUUAAAAGACUCCCAAGACAAAAUGACUAGAGAAAUAGAUUGUUUGAAAGACUACAUCUCAAAACUAGAGUUCAAAAUCAACACACAAGAGAAACAAAUUCUAGAUCUGAAGACUCGUUCAUUAGAAAACAAUAUCAUUAUCAGUGGUAUAGAUGAAAAAUGCACGGAAAAAUCUGACGAAAUAGGUCUAGCGAAAAUUGUUAGAAAUUUGUUUAUUCAUGAUUUAGAUCUCCAAAACGAAACUGUUGCCAAACUUCAGAUCACAAGUGCAUUCAGAAUGGGAGGGAUUUAUCCAAACAGAAAACACCCAAGGCCUGUGUGUGUACAGUUCAAUAGUAAGAACGACAAAGACCUGAUCAUGAGCAGGAUCAAGGUGUUAAAAGAUAAACGGUCACCUAUCAGAAUCUCGAGUCAUCAACCAGAGGAACUCCGUGAGCAAAGGAGAAAGCUUUUGGAAGUGCAAAAAUCAUAUGACGAUAAGAAUAUUGAAACCCGGCUGAAGGGGGACAAACUCAUUUUUACCAAAAGCGGUAACGUCUACAGGGAUAAAAUGGGUACGCGACCUACGGCAGACAAGGUCAUCUCAGGUGACACAGUGAAGCUCUCCGUCAGCGCAGGUAACCACAUGGAAGACAAUGGGAACCGGUUCGCCUCACACGCAACGACCGUAGACUCAUUCAAGAAAGUCAGAGAAUCACUCGUAGAAAUAAUGCAAAUCCCUACUAUAUCCAGCGCUAGCCAUAACGUGAUUGCAUAUCGCUUUGUAAGCAAAGAUGGGAUACAACACGAAGGAUCUGACGACGACGGCGAACACGGGGCCGGAAGAGCACUGCUACGCACCAUGUGUGAUAAUGGGACACAAAAUGCUUUAGUCGUGGUGUCGCGAUGGUUUGGAUCCAAAAUAGGCGCGAGAAGGUUCACUCAUAUCAAAGACACCGGCGCAAGUGCAUUACAAAAUUUAUCUUUAAAAGAUUAAACUCUAUCAACACCGAUGUUUAAUCACUUCCGUGGAACAUUACGUACAUGACUAUAUACAAUCUGUAGACGUCGUUCUUUUUCUACUCAAUAUUUAUAACGUAUGUCUCAUACCUUUUACAAUAUACUAUCAUAAUAUCAAUAUGGUUCCAUGUGGUUAAAUAUAUAAUAUUCAUUAUGGAUUAUUGAUCAAAAUGAUGCACAU